UCGUUCCAUAAUAUAUUAUACUUGUUGUUGCAUUGUCCUCUAUGAUUAGGAAAACAGUUGUAGUCUCGGCGUUAGUCCGUGGCGUCACACAUAAUUUUAAAGAUUAAAAGCUUAAAUUUCUGAACGCAGCCAUGCACAUUGGCAACACUGCGUCUGCAACACUAAUUUCAUUCGGAUUUUAUGUCACGUAACGGCGUCACGUUUUCCCACCUUUUUACCAAUUUUUAGUUAAAAUAAGUGUUUCUAAAACUGUAAUAUGGGAAAGAUAAAGUCGGAGUCAAGAUCUAAACUGCUGAAGAAAUUGAAGAAACUUGAAAAGGAACUUUUGAGCUCCGAUUCGAGCGAUGAUGGUACGAAAAUGGCCGGCCUUUCAUCUUUUGCAAGUUUGCAACAAAAAACUGGAAAGACACCAUUAACAUUAUCACAUUACAUGGAGGAAGACAUUGAAAAUGUCCCUCCGGAUAAUGAAUGCAUAGAAUUGAGCAAUGCUCAACAAAAUGAUACAUAUAUGAUGCUCCAAUCCUACUCUGUGACUAUAAAUUUAGAUAGAAAGAGACGUAAGUCCCUCCUGUUAUCAGUUAUAAAUAAAAAUGUGAAAGAUUUUCUAUUGCAAUCUGGAACAGAAAUCUAUCUAUUUGGUGAAGAUCUAGGAGAAGAGAUCAGAACAGCAAGAUCAGUCAAGAGAUCUGGUCAAGAACUGAGGUGGCUGAAACAAAAAGGUUCACUACAAAGCGAAGUACAUGGGUGCCUCAGACAGGUACUCCUAAAAUAAAUAAUAAUAAAGCUUUAAACUGGCGGGGUCCUCCUCAGGCAGAUGCUAAAAAGAGGGGGGGCCGUCACCCAGAACACCAGCAGCAGUCAGGACCAGGGAGAGCAAGAGGAGUCAACCUCAACGCAAAUGAACCAACAGGUGAGUAGACUUAACUACCACUUAAAUAAUUGAAAACUUGAUAACUCAGGAUCCAAUUAUUCUCAGUUGGGUUGCGGGAUACUCAACCCCUUUGUGUGAUAAACCACACCAGAGUUUAACUCAAGAUCCAAUUAUUCUCGGUUGGGUUGCAGGAUAUUCAAUCCUUUUGCAUAGUAAACCAUACCAGAGUUGUACUCAAAAUGAUAGGUUUUCUGAACUAGAAUCUUUACAGAUCACCGCAGAAAUUAACCAGUUAAGUACUUGCUAUGAAAGCAAUACAAACUUGCAAACCUGUAAAAAGAUUCAUUGUGUUCACCUAUUUUCCUUGUUAAAAAGAGCAAUGGAACUUUUCGUUUUGUUCUAAGUUUAAAGAAUUUAAAUAAUUUUGUUGAAACUGAGUAUUUCAAAUUGGAAAAUACCGAACAGUGUGCAAGUUUUUACAAAAAGAUGAUGUUCUUGUCAUCUUAUAUCUGAAAUAUACUUGUUAUAUGAUAAGUAUCAACAAGGAUAGUGAGAAAUAUUUAAGAUUUAUUUUUCAAGGAAAACACUAUCAGUUAAAUACUUAUGUUUUAUUCUUGGGCCUUUGUACGGCUCCAUCAACAUUCACAAAAAUCAUGAACCAAUGAUGGUUUUCUUAAGAGAAAGAGGUUGUAUAUCAGUUAUCUAUUUAGAUGAUUUUUUGUUUUUUAAGUAUAUGAAACAACUAUGUUAUUAUGUUACAUAAACAAAAUUGUUAUAACAACAGUGUAUACAAAACAUACAAGCAACUGUGAAUUUACUAAAAACAUUAGGAUUUAUAGUUAGCCGAGCAAAGAGAAUAGUUAAGUGUGAUGUUACAACUGUAACUUUUAUUGUUACUAUUCAAUACUAUAGAUAUGACUCUUAACAUUACUGAAAAGGAAAGAAAUAUAUUCUUUUAUUGUUUUUUCCAAGCUUAUAAAAGAAUUACUGUAUAAAAUUAUGAUCAAAGUUAGAAUUUAGGCUAAUUAAAGAGUCUAGGGCUCACAUAAAUUCACUGGAAUGAAUAGCUGCCUUUUUUGUUUUAAAAAUGUUUGCUUAUAAAUGAAGAAAUAGUGAUAAUAUUACUGCAGUAACCUAUAUGUAUAAAUAGAUUAGGAGGAAUUUAAUAUAAUUUUUUACAUAGGAUUUCUAAGAAUAUUUGGCAAUGGUGUGAAUUUUAAAAGACUAUUGUUUGAUGCUAAUUACAUAAACACUAAAGAUAGUGUGAUAGCUUUUUUGAGUCUAGAAGGAAGAUAGGAAGAUAGACAUUACAAAAUGGGAACUGAGCAAUAUAAACAAUCCAAAGGUUAUUGAUGAAUUUGGUAAAUCUUUAAUUGAUUUAUUUGCAUCACAUACUAAUGCAAGGUGUUGCACUUAUAUGUCAUGGCAACCAGACCUAGGAGCUGUUGCAGUUGAUGCUUUCACCAUUCCUUGGACUAAAUACAGCUUAUUUUAUUUAUUAUUUCUCCUCCAUUCUCUAUGGUUCUUAAAACCCUAGAAAAUAAAUUACAGACAAAGCAACAGGUAUAAUAGUUGUGCCCCAUUGGGUCACUCAGUGGUUAUUGUUAAUGUUAAUAGAUUAUUGUUAAAGGAACCUGUUAUAUUUUUACCUUCUAAGUCCUUAUCUUGCAUAAUUCCAGAUUGUUACACCCCUUUUAUAAGAAAGUGGUAUUGAUGGUAGAAGCAUUAUCAGGAAAACAUAGAGUUAGGAAUUUGUGAUGAAGCAGUUCUUGUCUUGAUGAAUUCAAUAUCUAAAGAUACUUUGAAUCAUGCAAAUCAUGCAUGCAUGUGCAUUAGUAUCAUAGGCUAAGUAUUUAAAUCCAUAAAUAUAAACAUUACUAAGCCUACCAUUACUGAAGUUAUUCAGUACCGUACUUUGUGAUUCAAUGAAAGAGUUACAGUUAGUAACAUAUGGUAAUUUGAAUUCCGUAAGAUUAGCUCUAUCAUUAGUUAUAGGACCACAUUUGGAUACCGAUCAUUAGAUCAAAAGAUUGUUCAAGGGAUUUUUUAAAUUAAGACCCCCAAACCCAAAUAUAAUAAUACUUGGGAUAUGUCUUUGUACUUGAUUAUAUUGAAAAGAAUUAUACUCUAGAGAAAGAAUUAUCUGCAGAUUGUUACCAAGAAAACCUUAUUAACGUUGGCCACGGGUUAAAGGGCUCAAACAGUAGCCCUGAUUAAUAUUAUUAAUAUAAUGAUUAAACAAGACUGUAUUAAUCAAUUCAUCAAUCUAUUUGUAUAAGAUAGAUUGAUCAAGACUUUAGGACCAAACAGGGUCAACUUUUUAUAACUGAUCCUUUUCUUUAAUGCUAGGAAAGGAGUAUGUCCAGCCACUGCGGUGGUCAACAAUUUAAAAGUUACAAAGGGUUUACGUGAUUUUAAAAGUACUAGCUUAUUUGUAUCUACAAAGGAGCCAUAUAAAGCUGUGUGCUUCAGUACAAUCAGCCGUUGGGUCAAAAGAGCCAUGGAAGAGAGUGGAAUUGACACUAGUGUA